UUCAUUCAAACCCCGACAAAAUGUUCAAAUUGUUGGUACUCGCCGCUGUCUUCGCUUACGCCGCCGCCGCCCCCGGCCUGGUCGCCGCCCCCGUGGUGGCCCACAGUGUGUCCCAUCACAGCACUGUGCAGGCCCACCCCGCCCCCGUGGUCGCCGUACACGCCGCCCCCGUGGUGCCGGUAGUCAAAGCCGCCCCCGUGGUGCCCGUGGUCAAAGCCGCCCCCGUCGUCGCCGUCCACCACGCCCCCGUUGUACCGGUCGUCAAAACUGUACCCGUGGUCAAAACCGCCGCCGUCGUGCACGCCGCCCCCGCUGUGGUUGUCCACCACUGAUUUUUAAGUCUGCUCUAUUUAUUUUUUGCUAAUAAAUUUUUUUAUUCGA